AAAUAAAAAUAGAAUUUGCUGCACUCUUUCAAAAUAACAAAAUAUUUUAUUUUAAACAUUAAUAAAAAAAAUUAUUUAAAACUAAUAAAAUCGUAAAAGAGUCGGUAAGUAACAUAUGAGACUCAUAAUAAAACAAAUUUAGUAUGUCAAAAAAAGUGUGAUAGAAUACGUGUAGUUAACGUUAUCAAAAUUUGGAACUUACAUGCAGCAAUGCAUGCACACACACUCAAGAUCAAAUAACAAACGCCAUAAAUCAACCCGGAUCUCAUGGAUUCAUGUCUCCCCUUACAUGUUGACACCAUUUUCCCUUAAAAUAACAACACUGCCACUUCCACUUGAGCACUAUGGUAUUGGUGCGUUAACACCAAACCCACUUCCCUUCACAAAUCUCCAAACUUGAAAGUCCUUGAAGCACCUCACGCCACUAUGACUCCACCAACAACAACCAUCCUCAUCCUCAUCCUCAUCCUCCUCGGCGCCACCUUAUUCACCACCGUCUCAACCACGACACCACCAGAAUGCAGCCCCACAAACCCAGAGACACAGACCCUCCGUCGCGACAAAGUAACCGUGCUCAUGAGCGGGUUCUCGGAGUCCCGCAUCCCCCUCCUCCAAUCCCUGGCCGCCACGUACUCACUCUCCCCCAUCGUAUCUUCAGUCCUCAUCCUCUGGGGAAACCCCUCCACCCCAAAACACGUCCUCCACCAACUUUCCCUUAACCUCUCUCUUUCCUCCUCCUCCAUCUCCCUCCUCCCGCAACGCUCCGCCAGCCUCAACAACCGCUUCCUCCCCCGCAACCACAUCGCCACCGACGCCGUUCUGGUAUGCGACGACGACGUCCAGGUCGACUUGCACUCACUACACUUCGCCUUCCGCGUCUGGGAGCGGGCCCCACAUCGUCUCGUGGGGCUCUUCGCGCGCUCCCACGACUUCGACUUGAACCGGAGGGAGUGGGUCUACACGGUCCGCCCCGACCGCUUCUCCAUCGUGCUCACCAAGUUCAUGCUUCUGAGCGCGCGCUACCUCUUCCUCUACACGUGCGGGGGCGGGGCCCGCAUGGCGCGCGUGCGGGGGAGCGUGGAGGAGGUGCGCAACUGCGAGGAUAUUUUGAUGAACUUCGUGGUGGCGGAGGCGACGGGGGAGGGUCCGGUGCUGGUGGGGGCUAAGAGAGUGAGGGAUUAUGGCGACGCGAGGAAUGAGGAGGAGGAUGGAGUGAGCAGUGUGGGACUGAGUGGGAGGAAGGGGGAGCAUAGGAAGAGGAGAGGGUGGUGCAUAGGAGAGUUUCAUCGGGUGUUGGGGAGAAUGCCUUUGAGGUAUAGUUAUGGCAAGGUUGUUGAUUCUGUUGGGGAACAGGGGUUGUGCCGCAAAGGUGGCAAGUUGGUGUUUUGUGAUCACUGAUACACACAUAAUUAUGAGAUGUGCAUUCAGUUAUUUACUCACUAGAUAGAGACCGGAGAAGAAUGAAUGUGUAACCCUUUUUUUUUAAGUGAAGUUUCUUGUCUGUUUAUUGUGUACAAUUUUGGUAACUUGGUGAUGUAGAACAAGUAAUAUCACAUUGUAGAUUAAUAACACAUUGUGUUGGACAAAUUAAUAAAUUAUUUUACCAUUUGAUACCUA